UGUAAUUUAAAAAUUCGUUACAUGUUACCGUUACCGCCAUUGCCAUUGCCAUUGCCAUUGCUAUGCUCAAACUCAAACUACCCAGGAAACAACCGCGCUUCCCUCUCUCCAGCCAUGAGACGCUUCGCUUCUUCCGCUCGGCUUCCACCGCCGCUUCCAUGGCGGAUUCAGACGCCAGGGCUCCUUAUAAACUUAUCCCAGAGCCUCCAUUUUCACGCCCAUUAGAACCUCAACGCGUCAUUUCCGCUCUGCUUCUCAGCAAAAGCGUACUCCAGGUAAAGGAAAUUCACGCUAAAGUGUUCGUCAACGGGAUGCUUCGAAAGUCGUUGCGAACAAGCUCCUUUACAUAUACUCUCUCAGCACAAAGCGCUCGGCGACGCUUACGCGUUGUUUCGUGGCGUGGAAAAGGAGAACCCAGUUACUUGGAGCGUAAUUCUUGGUGCGUUUUCGAAGGGACAUGGUGGAUUUUGUGAAUGGGAAAAAUUAUUCACGGCAUUGUUAUGAAAUAUGGGUUGGAGUUGAAUGGCUUUGUUGGUGUGGCGCUUGUUGAUAUAGGGUGCACGUAAACUGUUUGAUGAAAUGUCGAGCAGAGACCUUGUUACGUGGACGGUUAUGGUUCGUGCGUAUUCCGAGUGCGGUAACGCUUAUGAGUCAUAGGUUCUGUUUGAUUUGAUGAUGGAGGAGGGUGUAAUUCUUGAUAAGUUCGCUAUGGUUACGGUCGUUUCUGCUUGUGCGAAGUUGGGGGCUAUGAAUAAGGCAAGACUUGUGCAUGAUUAUGUAUGCGGGAACAAGUUUUCAUUGGAUGUGGUUUUGGGGACGACCAUGAUAGAUAUGUAUUCGAAG